GAGGGGAGACGGGUGUUGUUCACAGUUGGAGAGAGCCACGGCAGCGUAAACACAGCACUGAGGGCGCGGACGAGCAGCGGCGGUAACACCGGACUCCGAUACCCGAGAGAACCAUAUAAAUCGGUUGAAAUCAUCAGAAUGUCUUCCUUCUCGACGCUGGUUCUGCUCUGCGGAGUUUGGACCGUGAACGCAGAAAUCAACUCGCUGACCUACAUCUACACGGCCUUCACCCGGCCCGUCGGCCUGCCCGGCAUCCACGAGUUCUCAGCCAUCGGCCUGCUGGACGGCCGGCCCAUCGACUACUUCGACAGCGACACCCAGGUGAAGGUGCCCAAGGAGGACUGGAUGAGGGAGCGUCAGGACAAGGAAUACUGGGACAAGGGCACCAGCUCCCGGCAGACCAAACAGCAGUGGUUCAAGGUCAACCUCAAAAUCCUCACCGACCGCCUGAGGAAGAACGACACAGAUAACCAUGUUCUCCAGUGGAGACAUGGUUGUGUAUUGGACACUGAAGGCCCUAAGAGAAUGGUCAGCGGGAUUGACCAGUACAGCUAUGACGGAGACGACUUCCUGUCCUUCGACAGCGAUAACAAGCAGUGGGUCGCCCCCAUGAACGAAGCCAUUCCGACCAAGCGCAAGUGGGACGGCAUCCAGCAGCUCAACGACUACACCGACGGCUACCUUCACAACGAGUGUGUCCAGUGGCUGGAGACCUUCCUCAAAUACAGGAAGGAGGCCAAUAUUAAGGCCUCACGACCGGAAGUCUACAUAUCCGCCAGGCCAUUCAAGGACAACCUGAAGCUCAGCUGCCUGGCCACAGGCUUCCAUCCCAAGGAGAUCACUAUGAACAUCAGGAGGGACGGCCAUUUGGUGGACCGCGACGAUGGUCUGCAGUCCACGGGGAUCCGUCCUAACGGGGACGGGACCCACCAGAUCAAGAUGUGGGUGAUGAUUCCUGGGGGCGACACGGCCAAGUACACCUGUGAAGUCAUCCACCCUGCGAGCAACAUCCAUGUGGUCGAAGAGUGGGAUCACCACGUGGAGGCUGAGGGACCCCCCAUUGGACUCAUUGUCGGGGCUGCUGUUGGUGGACUGGUGGGGGUGGGGGUCAUUAUCACCAUUGUGGUGAUUAUCCUAGGACACAAGCGGAAAGAAAAGAGGACACAAGCGGAAAGAGUUGUCACGAUCCUGCCCCUGCACAUGGAAGACAAGGCCCUACUCACAGUUGAAACCGUGCGGGAGCUUCCAGGAAACAAUGGAGAAAAGAAGAAGCUCCUCAAAGGUCCCGGCUCUGAAGCCGGGUCUGAAGCCGGCUCUGAAGCCGGCUCUGAAGCCAGCUCUGGUAUCAGCUCUGGUUCCGGCUCUGGUUCCCGCGAUGGUGUCAGCGAUGGUGUCAGCGAUGGUUCCCACUCUGGUUCCAUCGAUGGUUCCCACUCUGGUUCCAGCUCUGGUGUCAGCGAUGGUGUCAGCGAUGGUUCCCACUCUGGUUCCAUCGAUGGUUCCCGCGAUGGUUCCAGCUCUGGUUCCAGUGAUGGUUCCCGCUCCAGUCAGAAGAAGCUCCUAGUGUGAUCUGAGUCCCGAUCACCACCUCCUGGGGCGUCUUGCUACAUUCAAGACUUCCACUCCUGAUUGCUUGGUUUCUUCUACGCUUCUAGAGAACGUCUGUCUCUUGCUUUACGGACGACAGCAGAUAAAUCAUAUUAUAAGAUGAGAUACGCUUGGUGCUGAAUGUAUAGCUCGUGUGUCUGGACCAGACACACAGGCUGGGGUAGCUCGCUAGCUAUGGAUCGUUGGCUAACUUUGAGGCUCUUGCUUAAGAUGGGGAAUUUAGAUGAUGAUGAUGAUGUUUGGACAUUUUUAUGCUAGUCAGUAGUAGGAAGGGUUUGUGUCCACAUGAAACGUAUUCAGCUUGUGGGUUGGGGCCAAAUAAACUCCAGUUAUAUCCUUGUGCGACAAAUAAUUACAAAAGUGUUGAUUCAUAUUUGGUUUGGUCAUUUUUAUUAGUAAAGGUAAUCGAAUUUAAAGGGAUACUAAUCAUUUAUUAUUAACAAUAUUUCUCUUGGCUUGGUUUAAGAAUAUAUUGAAAUUCUUGAUUUGAUAGAAAUGUUUACACUGGAUUUUAAUAAACAUAA